AAUGGCAAUCCCCCGUACAGAUUUGACAUUAACUAGUAGUUGGAAACAUGGCAGCGAUGGAUAGUUUGGUGAUGAACCUGGUGUCCUUUUGGAGGAAAACGAACAUUCGCCAGAAUUUUCCGUGGCUAUUCCUCGUAAUUUCAGUGGUGGGAUCCAUCGUGAAGGAUAUGCAGUUAAUUCCGGAGACCUAUUUCAGUAACAGCCGGAAUGUUCUGAAUGUAUAUUUUGUGAAAGUUUCCUGGGGUUGGACUCUUCUCCUCCUCUUUCCUUUCAUCACCCUCUCCAACGCUCACGACCGAGGGCUGACGUUCGUCCUGCGGCGGCUCUGCUCGCUGGCGGUGGCGACGGGGGUGUGGUACGCCUGCACGCACUCCUUCUUCUUCAUCGAGGACUACACGGGCGCCUGCUACGAGUCCCGAGCCCUGGAGGAAGUGCGCCUCGAGUUCACCUCCAAGGCCGACUGCAGGAGAGCCGGCCUCGCCUGGGACGGCUACGACAUCUCCGGCCACUGCUUCAUCCUGGCGUACUCCGCCCUGGUGAUCGCCGAGGAGAUGGCCCCCAUGGUCCAGCUGAAGGGCUCCGGCUGGCGGGGCCCGGCGUACGCGGGCGCGGCCCUGGACGCGCUCUACGUGGCGCUCAACGCCAUCGUGGCGCUGUGGAUAUGGAUGUUCGCGUGCACCUCCGUCUACUUCCACGACAUGUCUCACAAGCUUCUGGGGACCUCCUGCGCGGUCCUGGGGUGGUACCUCACGUACCGAGUGUGGUACACCAAACCCCUCUCCCCGGGCCUCCCUCCACUUCAGACACAGGGCAAGAGACAAGCUUAGACCGAGUGUGACCUGCGCGACGCACCGAGUCCCAUAUCGCUGGUGGCGGAAUCUGACUGCACUACACUGCGAAAACACUGACUCUAACUUCCUGCAUAGGGUCCAGCUUGACCGCUUUCUUUUUUAAGAUUUUUCCUCUCUUGCUUGCCCCCUCUUCCUUCAUUCCCUCAAAGGUCGUUUAGGACCAGGGGAUUGGUUUUCAGUCCCAACGUCCAGUGUGGCUGCGGCCGUCAGCUGCCGUACUUAAAAUGACUUUGUGUGGGUAAUCUGAGAUCAGUGCUAUGCGUGGUAUGUGCUUUGGUGGUUGACGGUCACGUUGAUUUUAUUUUUUUGUCAUUGUCGCCUUGAACACUGGACAUUUUGUCUGGCAGUUUAUCCCGGUACUGUAAGAGGGUUGCAAUAAAAACAGCGUGUAGAUAUUUAAAGCUAGUUACUAUUUAUGUAUAUGGGAAAUGACAUUGGAAUAUUUAAUAUGAAAGCACUAGCGUUCACUUAACAUCCUUAAUAUUUAAGUACGGUUUGACCUGUGCCCAUAUCAUGUCAGUAGAAUUCAAGACCUAAAAGAUAAUCUCCAGUGUUUCCCAUAUGUGCACACGGCAACAUUGUGCCUUUCCUCCAGUGGGGCAGAAUAUUAAAUAAUGUGCAGUAAACUCUUAUUAAUGUACAGCAGGCCCGCCCCAACCCUGUUCCUGGAGAUCCACCGUCCUGUAGGUUUUCGCUCCAACCCUAACAAACCACAUU